GUGGUAUUAGAUUACCCUCACCUGGUUUAGCCCACCUGUCAAAGCGGUUUACUGGGUUAUGGUCACUGGUGCAUUUAAGCUGCUACUUGAAGCCACAGUUGAGAGCUGAGUGUCCAGUGGGGCCCAAAGUUGAUUGAUUUGCCCUGGAAUGGACACGACAAACCUCUUCGCCACCUCAUACACCCUCAUGUAGCAAGUAAAAUCCCACCUACCACUGAGGACAUCUACAUGGUGUUGUUGCAGGUGAGCAGCAUUCACUAUCGCGGACUCCCACCUCCCAGGACAAGCUCCCUUCUCGCUGCGGCCAUCGGGAAGCCUCAAGGCUCACACCACCAGGUUCAGGAACAGUUAUCACCCUCAACUCUCAAGCUCUUGAACCAGAGAGGAUAAUUUCACUCAAUUUCACUUCCCACAACCUGUAGGCUUACUUUCAAGGACUCGUCAUCUCAUGCUCUUGAUAUUUAUUGCUUAUUUAUGUACAAUGUCCUGGGUAUGUUACUCAAAAUGGCCUCUUUGGUUUGUUACAAGUAGGAAUGUUUCUUUGUCGGAUAAGUGUUUCUCUAGCCGUUGUUUCACUUUAGAAUGGCUGAUAUGGUAAUUGUAUUCAUUUGUUAAUCAAUGGGGAAUGUCAUUGUGUCUUGUGAUGCUGGGAACUUGGGGGAGGGGUUUUUCGCGGGUUUUUUGGGGGAGGCCGAGGAAGACAUGGAAGAAGGUGGACGUGUGCUGGACUGCUCGUAAGACCACCGGGGUGGUCCCAGGUGCGACGGCCGGAUGGGUCGAUUGGUUCGUUGAUUGAGCUCCAACGAGUGCACUAAACAGACUGAACUUUGAUAAGUGGCGCCUUUUGUUUUUUUUCCUUGUGUAUAUAUAUUGUAUUGCUUACUACUCUUUUUAAUUUUAGUAAACUCUUUAAAGUGUAUUUCAUAACGGUAUUUGUUGUGGAUUUGAUACUGUUGGCGGGCUCGAGGCGUAAACUCGAUUCUCACAGCACCUGCGUGUACGGGAGGUGGGUUGGAGAGUGGCUGGAUCCCUUUUUCCCCUAGACAUAUACCAGCCUGUGGGUAAGUGUUACAUUUGUGGGGUGCUCGUCCCGGAUUGGAUUGUCAGGGGCUGUGGAAUCGCGCAGGCAGCAGAGGAAGAUGGACAGAGAUAAGUUUGUUUGUUGGUGCCAGUUUGAAGAUGUACCGGUACAGUACGCAUGCGUAGUGAGCGGAGUGGAUUUUCGAGUUUCAGGAGACGUGAUAGUGAGGGGUUUAAGUUCGGUGAAGGGUAUUGGGCAGGUAGAAUUGGUAGCUAGACGGUGUGGUAAAGAGGUGGGGUCUAGCUGGGUGUUGGUUCGUACGAGUACUGAAGUCAGGACGGUGGAACUGCCGGCGACGGUCAGUGUACCGGGGGAGGCGGGCCCGUGGGGGCUCCACUUCUACAAGGAUGAGGCUGAGGAGUUAGAGCUAGAGGUGGACCCCAGAGAGGUGCCCGGCACUAGUAAAGGGAGGUGGGAGGAGGGAGUCGUGACUAAGCCCCGCUCCCCAGGUAGGGUGGAAGCCUCGGAGCUGGCAGCCGCACUUUAUUCCCUGGUGGGGGUGGCCGAGAGGCCACGGCUGAAGCUGGGGGUGUUCUCCGGAGCCAAGCCUACUCCGGAUGGGGAGGUGGACUAUGAGACCUGGAUCGAGCAUACGUCUUUGAUGUUAGAGGAGUGGCCAGGUUCAGAGGAGGAGAAGAGGCAGCGAUUGCUGGGAAGUUUGAGGGGUUUAGCAGCCACAACCAUCCGGGAGUUGAAAGCUGAGAAGCCUGGGGCCUCAGUGGAAGACUGCCUAGAAGUUUUGGAGGGAGCGUUUGGGUUGUCAGGGGAACCCUGGCUGCUUUUAGCAGAGUUUCAACGCCUGGAACAAUGGAGAGGGGAAAAGCUCUCCGAGUAUAUAUUUAGGAUGGAGGGGAUGCUCUCGGGGCUGCGGCGCCGAGGGGUAGUGAAGGCGACUGACGUGGCUAGCGUGAGGAUGAGUCAGCUAUUCAGUGGCUCUCUGGAGGAGGACAAGGUGGCGUGGACUAUCCGGCAGGCUUAUAGGAAAGGUCCCCCUCCAUCCUUCGGGCCACUGAUUAGAGAGGUGAGAACGGAUAACAAUCCUCUCACUUAUAUUUUGACUUCGGCGAAGCUGGAUGCCACAGGACAUCGGUGGCUGGCGGCAUUGUCGGUAUAUGAUUUCAGCCUGAGGUACCGCCCCGGAAGCAAGAAUAUCGAUGCGGAUGCAUUGUCUCGUCGGGAGCCGGGGGAGGAGGAGAAGGACGAGGAGUGGGAGAGUGUCCCUGCCCCUGGAGUGAAGGCGAUGUGUCAGUUUGUUAUCACCGUGAAGGCCGAGGGAAGAGGGAGGCUGGAACGAGCCGUGGACCAUUUGGGGGUUUUUGACGACGCCAUACCCCUAGUUUACUGUGACCUGACCGCUCUGGGGACUAAACAGUUGCCGGAACUGAGUCCGGGGGAAGUGGCAACUGCUCAGCAAAAUGACCCGGGCAUUGGCACAGUGUGGAGAGCGGUCGAGAAGGGGGAUGGGGCGUUGGCUGAGAAGGCGAAACACCCAUAUGUGCCUCUGUUGUUGAAGGAGUGGUCUCGGUUGAAGUUAAAGACCAAAAUCUUGUACCGGGUAACAACGCCUCCGGACCAACCCCGCUGUUGGCAACUGGUCCUGCCAGAGGAGUAUCACCAGACUGUACUCCAGGCCUUACAUGAUGAUUCUGGACAUUUGGGGGUGGAAAAGACAUAUGGAUUACUCAAAGACCGGUUCUACUGGCCCCGGAUGAGGGGGGACGUCGAAGAAUAUUGUAGGGGAUGCCGUCGUUGCAUCCAGAGGAAGACCCUGCCAGCGUUGGCGGCUCCACUGUCGCACUUGCAGAGUGCGGGACCUCUGGACCUGAUAUGUAUGGAUUUCCUGUCGAUUGAGCCUGACACCAGCAACACCGCGAAUGUAUUAGUCAUCACCGAUCAUUACACUCGCUAUGCUCAGGCAUUUCCCACCAAGGAUCAGAAGGCGACGACAGUGGCGAAGGUGCUAUGGGAGAAGUACUUUGUGCAUUACGGCCUUCCCAGGCGAAUCCAUAGUGAUCAGGGGAGGGACUUUGAGAGCCGCCUUAUCCAGGAAUUACUGACUAUGCUUGGGGUUGAGAAAUCCAGGACUACCCCUUACCACCCACAGGGAGAUCCUCAGCCAGAGAGAUUCAACAGGACCCUGUUGGAUAUGCUUGGGACGCUGGAGAUUGGGCAGAAAAGCAGGUGGAGUCGUCAUAUUGGACAAUUGGUUCACUGUUACAAUUGUACUCGCAAUGAGGCUACAGGGUAUUCACCCUAUUAUCUGAUGUUUGGGCGGGAAGCGAGGUUGCCCAUUGACGUGUGUUUUGGAGGUGGAGUGGGUGAAUUUCCCGGGAAGUCCCAUCUAAAGUACGUGUCCGACAUGAAGAGGGAGUUACAGCGGGCGUACGAGUUGGCCGAGGCGGCGGCUACCAAACAAAAUCAGCGGAAUAAGAUGCGGUAUGAUCGAAAGGUGAAGUUUGUACAAUUAUUACCGGGCGACCGGGUCCUUUUACGGAAUUUGGGACUCCCUGGUAAGCACAAGUUGGCAGAUCGAUGGGCGGCCAGCCCCUAUGUAAUAGAGAGCCAGAUGCCGAACCUGCCAGUUUACCGGGUGAAACCCGAGGAUGGAAAAGGGCCUAUCAAGGUACUCCAUAGGAAUCACCUGCUGCCACUGGGUCAAGCGGUGCAGGUGGAUAAGGAGCCCGAGUGGGAGGUUACGCCCAGUACAAGGACUCUGCGAGGGAGCGGAGAACGGGAAGAGCCCGCUGCUGAAGAGCGGGGACGGGUCCCUCACUCGGGAAUGGCUACCGAUUCAGAGGAGGACGACUCAGAUGAGUGGGUCCUGUUCCCAUUCGCUAGUGCUCCAGUACCAGGAGAGGAGGCUCCUGGCCCUUCCCAUACUGAAUUGGGUGAGAGGAGGGAAGGUCUUGAGGGUCAGAUGGAGAGGCAGACUACAUUGGUGGGAGAGAGGGUGGAAUCUGAGCGUGAGCCGGGGAGAUCUCGGGUGAGGGAGGACCCCUGUGAGGAAGGGGGUGCGGGUCUGUCAGGUAGACCUGGGGUGUCCGAGACAGUGGGUUCGCAGGUGACGAGGGAGCCCAGUGGGGCAGAAGGGGUAUGGAGAUCUCAGAGGAUUAGGCGCCCCCCGGAGCGGUUGACAUAUGUGGUACCGGGAGAACCGAGUGUGAUUUCUACUGCUAUGGGUAGUUAUGUCAUUGCCUUCUGCACCUGGGUUGGGUUUUGUGUGUUGCGAGAAGCUUUGGGGACCUCUAGUAAUGCCAUGAGGGCAUGACAUUUGCUGGUGGGGAGAGAAUGUACAAUGUCCUGGGUAUGUUACUCAAAAUGGCCUCUUUGGUUUGUUACAAGUAGGAAUGUUUCUUUGUCGGAUAAGUGUUUCUCUAGCCGUUGUUUCACUUUAGAAUGGCUGAUAUGGUAAUUGUAUUCAUUUGUUAAUCAAUGGGGAAUGUCAUUGUGUCUUGUGAUGCUGGGAACUUGGGGGAGGGGUUUUUCGCGGGUUUUUUGGGGGAGGCCGAGGAAGACAUGGAAGAAGGUGGACGUGUGCUGGACUGCUCGUAAGACCACCGGGGUGGUCCCAGGUGCGACGGCCGGAUGGGUCGAUUGGUUCGUUGAUUGAGCUCCAACGAGUGCACUAAACAGACUGAACUUUGAUAAGUGGCGCCUUUUGUUUUUUUUCCUUGUGUAUAUAUAUUGUAUUGCUUACUACUCUUUUUAAUUUUAGUAAACUCUUUAAAGUGUAUUUCAUAACGGUAUUUGUUGUGGAUUUGAUACUGUUGGCGGGCUCGAGGCGUAAACUCGAUUCUCACAGCACCUGCGUGUACGGGAGGUGGGUUGGAGAGUGGCUGGAUCCCUUUUUCCCCUAGACAUAUACCAGCCUGUGGGUAAGUGUUACAUUUAUUUAUUAUUAAUAUUUUUUUCUUUUUUUAUUUGCU